AACACAAGUGUGGGAGAUGGGGGGUCGGUACAGGGGUGUAUAACAUAAAUACAACUCUUUGCAGUGAAAGACACAGUAUAAUAAGUAUAGAUGCUGUAAUAGAGCUGAAUGGUGAGCCCUGUGGUUCUGUGUGACCCGCUGGUUCCCAUUGUACAAACAGAGCUGUUCUAGAGCCAAUUCCAUGCAGACUCAGCACUGACACAGCAGCCGAUACCCGGUCCCUUAGUUGGGGGCACAGAGAGCUGCUGAAUUCAUUCUUGCCCUUCUCAUUGCCUGGGUUAUACCUGUCUGUGGCUGCUGGCAGCAAGGCUUACACCUGAAUGGUGACUUAUCAGCUCUCCCCAGAUAAUAGAGUGCAAGCUCCAGCCAAAAAAUGAAGCCGACCAGCGUCUUUGUUGCACUUCUGUAUUUACAUCUCACUGCGGCGACCUUCAAAAUCUGCACUUUUAACAUCAAAAGUUUUGGGGAGGCAAAAGCUUCAAACAAGAAGGUGAUGGGCACCCUGGCAAAGAUCCUGUCCCGGUGUGACAUCUGCGUCAUUCAGGAGGUGCGGGAUUCCAAAGGAGAAGCCGUCCCAGCUCUGAUGAAGGAACUCAACAAAUACGACAAUAGCCAUCAGUAUAGCUACCUAGAGAGCAAAAGGCUGGGCAAAAACAGCUACAAAGAGCAGAUAGUCUUUAUCUACAGGUCUGAUAUGGUGAAGGUUAUAAACUGGUACCAUUACGCUGACGAGCAACCAGAUCACCCAGAAGCCUUUGCGAGGGAGCCAUUCAUUGUUCAUUUCCAUUCACCCAAAACAGCUCUAAAGGACUUUGUGCUGAUGUCCCAUCAUACGACCCCCAGGGGGGCAGUUAAGGAGAUAAACAAGCUGCUGCAAGUAAUGCUGGAGGUGAAGAAGCGCUGGAAAACAGAGAAUAUAAUGCUUCUUGGUGAUCUGAAUGCCUCCUGUGGGUAUGUGACCCUAGAGGAGUGGAAAGACAUCCAGCUAAGAAGUAGGAACACCUUUCAUUGGCUGAUUGGAGACAAGGAUGACACAACCGUGAGUGAAAAUACCCACUGUGCCUAUGACAGGAUUGUUGUACAUGGCGAGGACUUUCUGAAAGCCAUAGUGCCAGGAUCUGCCAAGCCCUUCAACUUCAAAAAGAAACUUGGGCUGUCGGACGAGGAGGCCCUGGAGGUGAGUGACCAUUUCCCAGUGGAAGUGAAUCUUCGAGUCGAACCAAGGCUGAACAGAGAACUCUAGGCGCCACAUGUGUGCCCCCCCCCCCCCCACAACUAAUUAUUGUGUGAUGUGCCACAAUGGCCAACAAGGUCAAUAAAAGCAUCUGUACAAUG